AUGUCCGCAGACUCAGAGGUCGAAUCUCAAGCAGACCGCUUCUAUAGAAAUCUCUCACAAAGGCAAUCAGGAAAACCCAAAUUUAUUACUUCAGAGGAUCCUAUAGGCAUUUAUAAUCAUGUGGUAAAGCAAUUUAAUGCCAAAUGCAAUCGUGUAUCAGAAGGAACAUUUGAAGGAAUCGACAAUAACUGCUUUUAUGGGCUCUGGAUGAAAAGAUUUUGGACUUUAUUGGAAGCAGACACACAUGCUCUCUAUGCAUUGGCUUAUUAUACUAUCCAGUAAGUAAAAAUCUUUUAAUCUCACUGGGCAAUCCAAGGGAAAUCUUUAUAUAUGAUCUUUUCCUUUUUCAUUACUUUUAUCCUUGGCUUAAUUCCAUUCAUUAACAUUUUUGUAAUCGUUGUAUGGCUUGUUGUGUGGUUUAUUUAUGAAAGAAUAUUUAAAGCUCAUAGAGCUAACAGACAGCUAUGUGAUGACCCUUUUAAGUAUAUGAUUUAUGCACCAGAAGUCUGCAAGAGAGCAAAGUUGAUGAAUGUAUAUUUCGACGUGCCUACACAGGAUUUAGUCGCUAUUGGACUAAGGGAGUCACAAGUAUCGUUCUUGAGGCAAAGACAAACUGAGGGAAGAGUACUGUUUAUGGUUUACAAUGAUAGAUUCAAAAGCGCAUAUACGAAAUUCUCUUUUCUUAGGGUGUUCCAUAUUAUUCAAGUUUUAUUGGCUUUGACAGCGAUUUUACUUGCCAAUUUAGCCAUUUAUCCAAAGAUGGGAAUCAAUGAGUUCCUGCUUUAA